GUGAUCGUUGGGGAAAGGGGAGGGUGGUCGGGGCACCUCCGGCACCGGGGGAGGGGAAGAGGGUGUGGGCGGCGACCGACACUCAGGGGGAAGGGGUUGGGCAGGGCUGGCAGCAGGCCGUGGUGGCACCGUGGCAGGGGGCUGGCCUUGGUGGUUUUUGGUUUUUUUAAUUUUAUUUUUAUUUUUUAAGCCAAUUAUACGUUGAAAUGUGUCUUGUAACCUGUAAUAUUAGGUUGGAUGGGGCAAAGUUGGGAACUUGGGAUUAAUAAUGGUGACUAAUUUUCCAAGCAAAAGCCCACUCAUAAAACUUGCCAAAUUGUGAUGCCCUUUGCAACAUUCUCUGAUUUCUUUCCACUACCCCCGACGCUUCCUUUGCUUCACUACUCGCAGACGUCGCAGCAGAAAACCCCUAAAACCUUACUUUCUCUCUUCUCUGCAUCAAUGGCUGACAAACCUCAAAUGGCGGCCAUUACACUUGGUGGAAAAGCUUCAUCUCUCUCAUCUACCUCAGUUUUUUUGAUAUCCAAUAAGCUCUCUCAGGUACGUAUUGAUUCCUCCAUUUUCGAGAGAUUAUCAUCUUCUUCGAACAGUAAUGUCGUUUCUCCUUCAAUCAAGUAUCAGAUCGAAUAUCCUAAAUUUCUAACUUUUGAAGAAAUCAGAGCUUCUGCGACUAUUCUAUUGUCCAAGCUUUUGCUGUCUGCUUCCCCAAUUCGUAUUGAAAUCCCCAAUUUGAUAUGCAAAACCCUAAAUUCUGAAUCCACUUCUUUAGUUUUUGAGUCAAUUGAUGUUACUGAAGAGGAGAAAUGUGUGUUAGAUGCGUGUUUAUCUGUAUCUGUGUUAGAUGGUAUUUGUGCGUUGUUGGAUUAUGGGGCCUCGUGUUUGUCCCCUGUAUCGGAGAUGGUGGCGGCUUUGUCGUGUGAGGCGUCGAAGGCAAAUGUAUCGGCUUUUAAUUUGGUUGAUUCAGGAGAUGGGAAAUGUGUGAAAGAUGAAGCUAGUGUUGCUAGUGAUCUUAAGGUUUUGCUUAAUGGGUCCAAAUUGACUGGUAAGGUUGAGGUUGAUGCGGUUUCGAGUAUUCCGAAGGUUUACGGGAGUUUGAGGGCUUCUGCAAGGGCUGUGCACUCGAUAGCUAGGGCCGAGUUGAAUUCGGUAACUAAGGGUAAUGUAGGUGGAACAGGGGAGGCGUGGGAAUCGGUUUUGAUGUCGUUAGAAUCCGUGCUUAGGAAUUUGGGUGAAAGUAGUUUGAGUAGGGCGGAUUUGAGUGUUAGUUCCAUUGUUAGUGAUGGGUUACAGUCAAGUUUGAAAAGCCUGAUUGAUGAGAAGUGCCCUACUAAACAGAAUUUGCGAGAUGCUUAUAUGAUAGCCUCGAAAGCCGCCUGCGAGAAAGAUUAUGUGAAGUUAGUGCACAAUGUCAAUGAACUGUUUGGCUUGGUAAUGACCGCGGUAUCUUGGGAGAUGAUAACUGCCAUUGCUUCGUUGGAGGGAAGUGAUUUGCUUGACAAGAAUGAAGUUGCUGCUAAUGGAGAAAAUGCUAAAGUAGAUAAGAAGAAAGAUAAAAAGAAAAAGGUGUUCGGGAAGGGGACAUUGGUUGUCCUGGAGCUUGUUAGAGAAAGGUUGCAGAAUGUUAUAGAGGAUGGAGCUGAUGUUCAUGCCAACUUGCAAAAAUUAGCUGAUAAUUUAUGCUCAUUAUUGGACCCCAAGGUUCCUGCCUUUGGCAAUUUCAUAGAGAAAAUAAAAGAAAUUGUCGAAAGCAAUGAAAGCAGAAGACUCCCGAAGAUCCCAAAGGGUACACGCGAUUUUGCUAAAGAACAGAUGACUGUGAGGGAAAAAGCUUUUUCAAUAAUCACAGAUGUUUUCAAGAGGCACGGUGCUAUGGCAUUGGAUACUCCUGUUUUUGAAUUGAGAGAGACUUUGAUGGGAAAGUAUGGAGAAGACUCAAAAUUGAUUUAUGAUUUGGCUGAUCAGGGAGGGGAACUCUGUUCUUUGCGAUAUGACUUGACUGUCCCGUUUGCUCGACAUGUGGCAAUGAAUAGUCUUACAUCAUUCAAAAGAUACCAAAUAGCAAAAGUUUACAGAAGGGACAACCCAUCUAAGGGAAGAUAUCGUGAAUUUUAUCAAUGUGAUUUUGACAUUGCUGGCCAGUUUGAGAAGAUGGGGCCUGAUUUUGAGGUGGUUAAAAUAUUGACUGAGCUUCUUGACGAAUUGAACAUUGGAGAGUAUGAGGUAAAGUUGAAUCAUCGCAAGUUGCUUGAUGGAAUGUUAGAUAUUUGUGGAGUUCCUCCAGAAAAGUUUAGAACAAUCUGCUCUAGUAUUGACAAGAUGGACAAACAGUCAUUUGAGCUAGUGAAAAAGGAGAUGGUUGAGGAAAAGGGUUUACUUGAAGAGACAGCUGAUAUGAUAGGUAAUUUUGUGAAAGAAAAGGGAUCUCCUCUGGAGCUGCUCUUGAAGCUUAAACAGGAAGGAAGCGAUUUUCUGAAACAUGAAGGAGCAGCCCUUGCAUUAGAUGAAUUGGAACUGUUAUUCAAACUCUUGGAGAAAUCGAAGUGUGUAGAUAAAAUCGUUUUCGAUUUAAGUCUUGCAAGAGGUCUUGAUUACUAUACCGGGGUGAUAUUUGAAGCUGUCUUUAAAGGAACCACACAGGUUGGAUCCAUUGCUGCUGGUGGACGCUACGACAAUCUUAUUGGGAUGUUUGGUUCAAAGCAGGUUCCUUCAGUUGGUGGUAGUCUGGGAAUAGAACGUGUAUUUGCAAUCAUGGAGCAAAACCAGAAAGAUCAAAACCAGAUUGUACGCGCUAAUGAAACCCAAGUUUUGGUGGGUGUAGUGUCACGACCUGGCAAAAGUGUUGAAGAUGACUUGAUUUUAGCUGUUGAAUUGGUUAAUGAACUGUGGCUAGCCAAAAUAAAAGCAGAAUAUGUAACUGUCAAAAAGGUUUUCAAAAUAUUUGAGCGUGCAGAAUCAUCAGGGAUUCCUUUUGCCGUUAUGGUUGGAGUGCGUGAUCUGAAAGAAGGAAUUGUGAAAUUGAGGGAUGUGAAGGCCAAGACUGAGGAAGAAAUUCCCGGUGAUAAAAUGGUUGAGGUGCUACUGAAACGAUUAGAGACCUCAUCUUGAAACAACAGUAGCCUGUUCCAAUUAAGCAUAGUUCAGUAGAAAUUGUGGUCCAUUUUAUCAAAGAAUUUUGGGUUUACUAAUUCUUCAUACAUCAUCAAUGAUUAAUGUGAAUCAUAGACAUUUACACUUACACUUUGUACGGAUCUUGUAACUUUCUCGAUUUCUUCAUUUUGUUCAUUGUAAAACUGAUUGGUUACCUUCAAUUCUGGGAAGGCAGUGAGUUUGAUCCAAUGAUCCAUGUACUGGAAACUGCAUAGAUUCGUAUGAUAUAGUGUAAAAGUCUUGCUUUAUAGGCCUUAUAGCCUAUUGGCAGUCAACCUCAACUAUAUUUUGUUUAAUCUAA